AUGUGGUGGCAGCAGAUCGUCCUACUGCUGUUGUGGGUCCAGGCGGACAUUGGAACGGACGUGCGGGCCCUGACCCAGCUGCGCUUUCCGUUCAGCCACACCAACUUCAGCCUUAGCCUGUACAAGGCAGCCUUCAAUCCGGAGCAGAACGUGGUCGUGGCUCCGUUUACGCUGCAAAACAGCAUCUCGAUGCUGUACUCGAUCGCCACCGGAACCACACGCGAUCGGUUGCGGGAAGUGUUUGCGCUUCCGGCCAACUUCACCGAGUUCAUCGUUAAUCAGAAGCUGCUGCAUUACACGCUCAGUGACGCCGGUGGUUCGGAGGGUUUCCGCAUGAAGAACCGCAUCAUCGUGAACGGGUUCCGGGAGGUGGACGGGCGUAUGCGUGACAUCAUGCACGAGGACCUGGGCACGGUGUUGAUGUAUUUCGAUUUUAGCCAGCGUGAGGGUGUCGUCCGGCGAGCGAAUCACUUCCUUAGCAUGCGCACCAACGGGCUGAUCCGGGAUACAGUGUUUUUGGGUGACGUGCCACGCCAGCUGCAGUUGAUUCAGCUUAGUGCCGGGUCCUUCCGGACGCCGUUUGCGAGUGGGUUCGAUGCGCGGAAUACGAUGGCGCGUGACUUCCGCAGCGGGUGGAUCGAGAAGCUGUACCAGACGACGACGAUGUUUAAGGAGGGCGAGUUCCGGUUCGCCCGUAUCCCGGAGCUUGAGAUCGAGGUGCUGGAGUUGCCGUUUCAGGCUCGCAGCGAUACGGUGCUUUGGAUUAUGCUGCCCGAUCGGGACGCCGGGUUGGAGCGCAUCGUGAAGGCACUGGAACCGGAGCACUUCGAUGCGAUUCAGGCACACUUUACGAUGAAACGGGCCGAUAUCGUGGUGCCGGUGUUCGCCAUCAAGACCGAGUUCAAUGCGACGGACUUCCUGCGGGACACCAUUGGGUUGGAGGCGUUGUUUCGGUUGCGGGAGUUGCGGUUCUUCGACGAUCAUGACUCAGCGCUGGAUGGUGUGAUGCACCGGGCUGCAAUUUCCGUCCACGAGCGGUCGACCGAGGCGGGGAGUGUUGCGACGGUGCACAGUUUCAGCAAACGCAAUGCACCGGUUCCGUACCAUCAGUUCUACGUUGGGCGGUCGUUUUUAUUUGCGCUUGUGAAGCGUUCCUCCAAGCAGCUGCUUUUCAUCGGCCAUCUUUACAAGCCGCAUGAUCUGGUCGAGGUUUGA